AGCCCAAAACGACCGAGCAUCCUGGAUCUCAGUCUCUCCGCUUAAAUAACCUCUAUAUUCCCGGCCGAGAUCCCGAUCUUCUUCCUAAUUGUAAACCUUAUUUGAGCGCAUCCGAAAAAUGGCGCCAGUUUCCGCUCUCGCUAAGUACAAGCUCGUUUUCCUGGGAGAUCAGUCUGUUGGCAAGACCAGUAUUAUUACUCGCUUUAUGUACGAUAAAUUCGACAACACCUAUCAGGCUACUAUUGGCAUAGAUUUUUUAUCAAAGACGAUGUACCUUGAAGACCGAACAGUUCGACUGCAGCUUUGGGAUACUGCAGGACAAGAAAGGUUCAGGAGUCUCAUUCCGAGUUAUAUCAGGGAUUCUUCAGUUGCUGUGAUUGUAUAUGAUGUUGCAAGCAGACAGUCAUUCCUAAACACUUCCAAGUGGAUUGAAGAGGUUCGCACUGAGCGGGGCAGUGAUGUUAUCAUUGUACUUGUUGGGAACAAAACAGAUCUGGUGGACAAAAGGCAAGUUUCAAUUGAGGAAGGAGAAGCCAAAGCUCGUGAACUAAAUGUUAUGUUUAUUGAAACUAGUGCCAAGGCUGGCUUCAACAUAAAGGCACUCUUCCGGAAAAUAGCUGCAGCAUUACCAGGGAUGGAAACACUUUCUUCAACAAAGCAAGAAGAUAUGGUUGAUGUUAAUCUGAAGUCUUCCAACACAAAUGCAUCUCAGUCACAAUCUCAGUCUGGAGGAUGUUCUUGUUGAUAUACAUGGUCAACUGAAGCAAUUGCCUCUUUGCUAUAAUUCCCAUAUGUGCUUCUCUGAUCCUUAAAGUGUCUGUAAAGUUGUGACCUUGUCAUCCCCUUUUUGUAGCAUUUGGCUUUGGGUUUUGGUUGAGUUUAUAAGAUUUUAAUUUGGAAGAGAAUACUAUUGUGUGAUAGUUAGGCUAGUCCUAACCUGUUCUGAUGUAUACACAUACAUGUUUGUUUUGGAUAUUUGUCCUUUAUUUUCUCUUAGAAAUGUGUUUAGGUUUAGUCCAGUUUUAUUUUGAAAAGGGAUUCUGUUGAAUAAAUUGGAUUUCAUUUUCCCAUCUUAA